CACGUAAAGAGCACGAGGAGAGGGAGGAGCCUCGGGGAUUAUUUUUUUGCCCUGCAGGCCGAAUCCACCGAGUGUUGGCCACGGUAGGCGCUGCACUCUCGCUUGGGACGAGCGGGGCAGGGCCCCUCCCUCUGCUUCUUCGCAAAGCGGGAGUAGCCGACCGCGCGCAGAUAAUAUAGAUUAUCAGUAGAAAAGCUGCCUGAAAGAAGAAAUUGUUUAAGAGAAAUUUGAAAGUAGCGAAACAGAAGAAAAUUGACAGCAGAUACAGAGGACAGCAUGGAAAUUUUACUUCAUUCAUUUUUUCAACAAAUUCAUUCAGCAAAAUUUUGUUGAACACUUAACUCUUGGCCAGGUAUUGUUCAAGGCAACAGAACACAGAACUGAGUAAAGCAGACAGAAUAUCCUGCCCAUAUACAACUAUAGCUGAUGAUGUCUUCCAGUUUCAAUAUAUUUAGAGUUGGCAUCUCUUUUGUCAUGGUGUGCAUUUUUUAUAAGUCAUCGGUAGACUGUCUACCAGAACUGAGUUCUCAGAAAUAUUUCAGUACCUUGCAAUCAGGAAAAGCCUCCUUAGCUUAUUUUUGUCAAGCUGAUUCUCCAAGUACCUCUGUAUUUCUUGAAGAACUGAAAAAGGCUGUUAAACCUCUCCAGGACUAUGGAAUUUCAGUUGCAAAGGUUAAUUGUGUCAAAGAAGAAGCAUCAAGAUAUUGUGGAAAAGAAAAGGAUUUGAUGAAAGCGUAUUUAUUCAGAGGCAACAUAUUACUCAGAGAAUUCCCUACUGAUACCUUGUUUGAUGUGAAUGCCAUCAUUGCUCAUGUUCUCUUUGCUCUUCUUUUUAAUGAAGUGAAAUAUGUUACCACCCUGGAACGCCUUCAGAAUAUAGAAGACUCUCUGAAAGGAAAAGCAAACAUUGCAUUUGCAUAUGUCAGAGCCAUUGGAACACCAGAGCACAGGGCAGUCAUGGAAGCUGCUUUUGUGUAUGGGACCACGUACCAGUUUGUCUUAACCACAGAAAUUGCCCUUUUGGGAAGUAUUGGCACAGAGGAUAUAGAAUAUGCACAUCUCUACUUUUUUCACUGUAAACCAGUCCUGGACUUGACACAGCAAUGUAGAAGAACACUAAUGGAACAGCCACUGACUACACUGAACAUUUAUCGAUUUAUUAAGUCAAUGGAAGCACCACUGCUGACUGAAGUUGCUGAAGAUCCUCAGCAAGUUUCAACUGUUCAUCUCCAACUAGGAUUGCCACUGGUUUUUAUUGUUAGUCAACAAGCUACAUAUGAAGCUGAUAGAAGAACUGCAGAAUGGAUUGGUUGGCGUCUUCUGGGAAAAGCAGGAGUUCUACUCUUGUUAAGGGACUCUUUGGAAGUGGACAUUCCUCAGCAAGCCAACGUGGUCUUCAAAAGAGAAGAGGGAAUGCCAGUGGAAUAUUUGGUGUUACAUGAUAUUGACUUAGUAAUAUCCCAUGUGGAAAAUAAUAUGUACACUGAGGAAGUACGAGAAGAUGAAGACGAUGACAUAGAAGGGCCAGAUAUGGACACUUUAGGAAUUCAAGAUGAUGAAGUGGCAGAAACUGUUUACAGAGAUAGGAAGAGACAGUUACCGUUGGAACUCACAGUGGAACUAACAGAAGAGACAUUUAAUGCGACAGUAAUGGCUUCUGACAGCAUAGUGCUUUUCUAUGCUGGUUGGCAAGCAGUAUCCAUGGCAUUUCUGCAAUCCUAUAUCGAUUUGGCAAUUAAAUUGAAAGGCACAUCCACUAUGCUGCUGGCUAGAAUAAACUGUGCAGAUUGGUCUGAUGUAUGUACUAAGCAAAAUGUUACUGAAUUUCCUGUUGUAAAGAUGUACAAAGAAGGAGAGAACCCAGUAUCUUAUGCUGGCAUGUUAGGAACAGAAGAUCUCCUAAAAUUUAUCCAGCUCAGGAUUUCCUGUCCAGUGAAUAUAACAUCUGUUCAAGAAGCAGAACAAUAUUUAAGUGGGGAAUUAUAUAAAGACCUCAUCUCCUAUUCUAGUGUGUCGGUACUGGGACUAUUUAGUCCAACCAUGACAACAGCAAAAGAAGAUUUCACUGAAGCAGGAAAGUACCUAAAAGGAUGUGUUAUCACUGGAAUUUAUUCUGAAGAAGAUGUUUUGAUAUUGUCAAAUAGAUACACUGCAACUCUUCCAGCCCUGCUGUUAGCCAGACACAAAGAAGACAAAGUAGAGAGCCUUCCAUUAGCAAACACCCAUGCGCAAGACAUAGUUCAAAUGAUAACAAAUUCAUUACUGGAAACAUUUCCAGAAAUCACUGUAGAAAAUCUUCCCACUUAUUUAAGGCUUCAGAAACCAUUACUUGUUUUAUUUAGUGAUGGCAGCAUAAACCCUCAGUAUAAAAAAGCAAUGUUGACACUGAUAAAAGAGAAACACGUGGAUUCACUUACCCCUUGCUGGUUAAAUCUAAAGACUACUCCUGUGGGGAGAGGAGUCUUGCAGACAUAUUUUGAUGUUCUACCUCCCCUUCCUCUCCUUGUUGUGGUGAAUCUGCAUUCGGGUGGCCAAGUAUUUGCGUUUCCUUCAGACCAGGCUGUAACUGAACAAAACCUUUUAUUGUGGCUCAAGAAAGUAGAAGCAGGUCUAGAAAGUCCUAUCACAAUUUUACCUGCUCAGGAAUGGAAACCUCCUCUUCCCGCUUAUAAUUUUCUACGUAUGAUGGAUGCUGCAGCAUCUCAGCAUUCUAGUAGGAAAGGUCCUGAGUGUGUGAAAGAAACUGAUGUUCAGGAGAAUGAUAAAGAACAGCAUGAAGAUAAAUCAGCAAUCAAAAAAGAACCGACUGAAACAUUGAGAAUAAAGCACUGGAAUAGAAGUAAUGUAUUUAAAGCAGAAAAAUCAUUUAGGCAUGAUAAUAAAGAAUUAUGAUGCUCAAAAGUGAGCUGAUUUCAUGGGACUGUGGAAAGCUUUCCAAAGUCUUUUUGGCUUAUUUGAUAGACUUAAGAAUUUAUUUUAUUAAAAAUAAUACUAAAUCAUUUCUAGACCAGUGCUGUUCAACAUAAUGUGAGUCAUAUAUAUAAUUUAGAAUUAUCAAGUAGCCACAUUAAAGGUGAAAACGAGCAGGUGAAAACAAGCAAAUGAAAUUAAUUUUAAUACUGUAUUUCACUGAGUAAGUAUACCCCAAAUAGUUCAGUGAACAGGAAAAUGAGAUAGUUUACAUUCUUUUUUUUCAUAUCAAGUCUUCAAAAUCCAGGGCAGAGAACAUAUCUCACUUUGGAGCAGCCACAUUUCAGUAGCAGCAGGUGGUCAAUAACUACUACUGUAUUGGACAGCUCAGCUUUAGACAAAAACUGGCAUAAUUAAUUUAAUUCAGUUCUAGCCAGAUAUAUUUUGAACUAAAAUAUAAAUGUAAUUCUACUUUAAUCACAGUUAACUCCACAGUGGAGUCAUAUACCUGACAGUUGUAUUUGUUUUAUUGUAGUGAUAAUAUUAAAACCAGUGGUUCUUAACCAGGGAGCAGUGUUGCCUCCUAGAGGACUUUUGGCAAUGUCAAGAGACAUUUUUGAUUAGGGAUACUGCUGGCAUCUAGUGGAUAGAGGGCAGGGAUACUGCUUAAACAUCCUAUGAUACAUUGGACAGCCUCCCACAACAAAGCAUUAUCCUGCCCAAAAGGCCAUAGUGCCCAGGUUAAGUAACCCUGUGUUAAACUAACCCGUGGCAGCACGGGCUCGCUGAAUUUUCUGGUUCUGCUCAGUCUGAAAAAAUCUUGGAUGUUAAAGAUAAAUAUUAGGUGGUCUUAUUGUCAUUAUUAUAAGCUGGACACAAUCUUAUUUUUUCUUAUAAAUUCUUUUUAUAAUUUUAAAAAGUAAUGCAAUAACCCUAAAAGGACUUAGAGAUAUAUCUGUAAUAUAUAUUAUAUAGAUCACUAUAUAUCGCAAUAUAAUAUAUAUUGUAUUAUGUAUAUUGUAUAUUCUGUAUAUAUAGAGGUAUGUUAUAUAAUAGAAUAUAUGAUGAUUCUCUUAUAUAUAAUAUAUAAUUCUCAUAUAUAUAAAUAAAUGUAUAUGAGAAUCUUAAACUCUUCUCUUAUUUAUACAAAUUAUAUUGCUAAAUUUCAAUUUGAACAGCAAGCAAUUAAACAUUCUGACAUUUUCCUCAUGAAAAGAGAGGCUCCUUCAUCUGAACCAUGUGUGAAAUCUGCCUUAUAAGCUUUGGACAAAUCAGUUGGUCUUCCUAGGCCAUUGGGUCUCAUUUACAUAACGAGAGGGCAGGAUUAGCCAAAAAAUUAAUUUUUUAUUCCUACAGAAUUUGCUUGUCAGGCUGACCUGUUCGUAGCAGUUGUCUGUCUCAUUUUUGCUCUGUGUAGUUUUUGAGACAUUUGUUGAGAACAUCCGACUUGGUGUUCCACUAUAUUUCUCCUUAUAAUUUCUAUCUGGUAUAUCUUGUUCUUGAAAUUUCCCUACAUAUAGUUUGCCUAGUAUAAAUGACUUUCGUGACUGGAAUUUAAAAAAUCACAAACCGCUAAAUUUCAAUAAAUUUGUGACAUAGGUCAUUUGCUACUCUCA